UCUGUGCGGGAGAGGUCGCUGCUUGAUGAAAUACCUGUAGAAGCUUAAAAACGGCGAGCACUACUUGCUCCUAAGACACUAGAGGGAACACUCUCUCUAUCCACCCACCCACACACACACACACACACACACACACACACACAUACAGUCACACACAGUCAGCCACUAUGAAAACCACGUCGUCCCUACUCCUGCUGCUUCUGACGACAUCGUUUGCUGUGCUCCGAGUUUCCCUUAGUCCCGCCCUGAACGAGAGCUGCCCCCCCUUAAUUACCAUCACAGUGUCCGAGAAAGAGAAGACCAUUUCCACCUUGAAAAAGGGGUAUGACAUUAAAUAAGUAGAUUUGUACGUGCACCCAGAUCCAGGUUUCAAGGGUAUCAAGCUCAUUGCGGCAGCCAGUGAGUGGAUGCGCAACGCCUGGUUUGCGUUGGACAACACUUGUUUCCCUCAGAACGAAGUAUGGUGGAGGUUGUAUGUAACUGUGCACAGACGGUGGAACGUUUACGACAAUGAUGAAGAUCUUGCGUUUACAGUAAUGGCUGGUGAUUGUGCUCUUGCGUGCAACAUGAGAGGCAACUUACAUGGUGACAUGAAUGUUUAUGUUGUCUCUCAAGGGCCUUCAGUGUGGAGAUCACUGCACCCGCACCCAUGCCCUGUAGCACCGUCCACGCAACGAAUUCACUCAAGAAAUAACUGCACCACCGCCCCCACCACCAACAACAACAUUAAUACACCUACAACCACCACCACCACAACCACCACCACCACCACAUCUACAACAACCACCACCACCCAUACAACUACCACCAACAACAAGAACAACACCACCCCUACAACCACCACCACCACUACCACCACUACAACCGCCGCUACAGCCACCAUCAUCACCAUAGUUGUGGUGGUGAUCAUUGGUGUUGUGGUGGUGAUCGUGAGGCAGCGUGUCAAGCAGCGAAGACAACCAUCGACAAAAGAAGUGGGGAGGCGAUCCCAAGGCGGCCUGCCCGACAGCGAGAGCCUAGUGGUCGAGAACAACCUGUACGAGCCGUUCGAGAGCACCGGCGGGAGGGCGGUGGUCGAGAACAGCCUGUACGAGCCCUUCGAGAACACCGGCGGGAGGAUGGUGGUCGAGAACAGCCUGUACGAGCCCUUCGAGAACACCGGCGGGAGGGUGGUGGUUGAGAACAGCCUGUACGAGCCCUUCGAGAACACCGGCGGGAGGGUGGUGGUUGAGAACAGCCUGUACGAGCCCUUCGAGAACACCGGCGGGAGGGUGGUGGUCGAGAACAGCCUGUACGAGCCCUUCGAGAACUUCAGGAACCCGCGUAAGGUGACCAGAACUGAAUCGCAUAAUCAAGAUGAGGUCUAACUCGGCGAUGACUGACAAAUCGCAGAUGGUAGAGCCGGAUUCGAACCAGCGUCGUCCAUGACGUGGUGAAAGCGGGGCCCACACGCUCAGCCACCGCCUCCCCCUUAUAAUAGUGGUAUUGUUAUUCAAUUUGUCAGCCCCUUGAUUGCCCUCGGAACAAACUCAAGAAACUUUUGUAUUCUGUUUGAAGGAGGAUGGGAACGAAGAAGUUAGGAGGAGGAGGAGGAGGAGAAGGAAAAGGAGGAGGAGAAGGAGGAGGGGGAGGAAGAAGAAGAAGAAGAAGAAGAAGAAGAAGAAGAAGAAGAAGAAGAAGAAGAAGAAGAAGAAGAAGAAGAAGAAGAAGAAGAAGAAGAAGAAGAAGAAGAAGAAGAAGAAGAAGAAGAAGAAGAAGAAGAAGAA